CUUUUCCUUUCUUUCUUUCUUUCAUAAAAAAAAAAAGGUCAUUUCCAUUUCCCAACUUCUUCUUCUCCGGCCACCCAUCUCCGAUCAUUCCUCCUCCUUUUAUGACUUCAGGAACUCGGCUUCCGACAUGGAAGGAGAGAGAGAACAACAAGAGGAGAGAGAGGAGGAGAAGAGCAAUAGCGGCAAAGAUCUUCGCCGGUCUAAGAAUGUACGGAAACUUCAAGCUCCCAAAGCACUGUGACAACAACGAAGUCCUCAAAGCUCUUUGCAAUGAAGCUGGUUGGACCGUUGAACCAGAUGGCACCACUUACCGCAAGGGAUGCAAGCCUUUGGAGCGCAUGGAUAUAAUAGGCGGUUCCUCAACAGCAGCAAGCCCUUGUUCAUCUUACCACCCAAGUCCCUGUGCUUCCUACAACCCAAGCCCUGGUUCAUCAUCCUUCCCAAGCCCAUCAAGAUCUCCCUAUGCAUCAAACAAUCCAAACGGCGACGGCAAUUCCCUCAUUCCAUGGCUCAAGAACCUUUCCACUGCCUCAUCCUCUGCUUCAUCUCCUAAGCUCCCUCACCUCUACCUUCAGAGUGGCUCCAUAAGCGCGCCUGUUACGCCUCCCUUGAGCUCUCCAACUGCUAGGACACCGAGGAUGAAUGCCGAUUGGGGUGAUCAGUCUGGACGGCCAGGACCAGGAUGGACUGGAGGACAACACUACUCAUUCUUGCCAUCCUCUAGUCCUCCUAGCCCUGGCCGCCAGGUGGUCGACCCUGAAUGGUUUGCAGGUAUCAAGCUCCCCCAUGUUAGCCCAACUUCGCCCACAUUCACCCUUAUGUCCUCAAAUCCUUUUGCCUUCAAGGAAGAGGGUUUGGCUCGAAGCGGCUCGCGCAUGUGGACUCCUGGACAGAGUGGGACGUGCUCUCCCGCCUUCCCGGCAGGUUCUGAUCACACUGCUGACAUUCCAAUGUCCGAGGCUGUCUCGGAUGAAUUCGCAUUUGGAGCCGACGCGUCCGGCCUUGUCAAGCCAUGGGAAGGAGAAAGAAUCCAUGAAGAAUUUGGAGCAGAUGAUCUUGAACUCACACUUGGUACCUCAAAGACAAGGUGAUGCCGUUGUUAUAAAUAGGCGUUUUAGUAAUUGAAUAUGACUAUGUGAACCUUCCUUUUGUUGUGGUCUUAUUCUGUAGAAAAUGUUAGAAGGUAAUUGGGGUGUUGUGCUUCCUUUUCUUUAAUUUCUUUUGACUCUUUUUUCAUUUAUUAGCGUCAAGUAAUAUACAUAUAUGUGUUAGUUAGGUGUGGGGUGGCUUUUCGCAACCCAUUGAUUUUCAUGAUUGUAAGUCUUUGUUAAAACGUUAUGAUUGCAAACAUGAAUGAAUAUACAUUGUAUGGAUUGCCACGGAA